AGCACAGAGCCUGAACUUUGUCCUCCAACCAGAGAGAAAAACAACAGGCAGAGUAUAAAAGGGGGGAGAGGCGGAGGAAGGGACAUGUUUUUGUUGAAGGAGUUGAAGCAACGCAGAGCUGAGCAGAGAGAAGCAGAACUUUUAAACCAAGGGAUUGGGGGAGUGAGGAGGCACUGCAGGCAUGUGGGCUUGUCUCAGCCUGCUCCUCACUCUCUGCCUGCUCCAUGGGGGCGGAGCAGAGAGUGAAGGGGGCGGGCGAAAAUGUCAGCUGCCACCACCUUGGCAGAUAGGGGAUGUGGAGCCGAUGAAGGGAACCAUGGGCCGGGUGUCAGUGGUGGCCCUUUUCCAGGCCAGCUGAUUGUUCUGCUUGGUGCAGGCUUCCAGACUGGAACGCCUGCGCCAAAAGCUUGAUCUUCAGGGUCUGAAAGAUGUGGUCUACAUUGUCAUCAACGACCAGGGGGCGCAAGCACAGCGCCUGCACCCAAUGCUGGCAAAGAAACUGUCAGAGAACAUCACACUCUACCAGCAGGACGAACAGCAGCCUAAUGUCUGGCAGACACUGAGUGGAACGAAGGAUGACUUUCUCAUUUAUGACAGGUGUGGACGUCUCACCCACCACAUUUCACUUCCAAAUACCAUCAUUGGACUUGGGCAUGUGGAAACUGCCAUAAGAGAUUCCUACUGCAAACCCCUCUGUGGGAACUGCACCUUUAUGAGCACUGAGCCACCUGAGGAAUGCACAGCAGAUGUGCAGCCUGAUGCAGACGCCCCCCCAGAGGAAGACACUGAUCACCAUCAUGAUCACGGGCAUGGGGCUCACCAUGGUCAUGGCCACCAAAGGGAAAACCAUGGUUCUCACCCACAUGGCUCCGGUCAUGGCGGUGAUAACAACCACGGUCAGCACCACGGAAGCCACGGAGGUCACGGUGGUGGUAACAACCAUGGUCAGCAUCAUGGAGGUGAUGGUGCCUUAGGCCAUGAUCGUGAUCACCACCAGGGACGUGGUCAUGAUAACAGUCAUGGUCAUGGCCAACAGGGGGACAAUCACCCCCGUGGCUUUGGUCACGGGCAUCAUGAUCACGAUCAUCAUCAUGGUGAUCAUGGUGGUGACCAUCAGGGUGCUAGACAGCAGGGGCAGGAGCGAGAUGUAGGAGUACCACAUCAAUUGAACUUAGAGCAGCUGGCAAUGCAAAUGCAGCAGAUGCAACAGAUGCCCUGAGUAGCAGAAAAGGCGAGGUGAAAGUCAAAGCACAGCUGACAGUGGACAGCAGGCUCUGACAAUGAAGCCUCUCCUAAGUCCAGCUGAUGCUGACACUGACGCAGGUUGUUUGGCGAUGCAGGGAGCGAGCAGCCGGUCGGUCUCUGACACUGUGACGAGGCGUUACCCGCCUCCUGACAGUGACACGGACUGACAGGCGAUUUAGCCAAUUCUGUCAAGGAGAACUGACAGUGACGCUCGCCUCCUGCUGACUGACAGCAGCCUCAGUCAGCCCCCUGAGCCUGACCCCCCGGUGCGAGCUGAGCGUGAGAGCAGCUGUAAGCUGGCUCUGACAUCAGAAACACCAGGGGCCCAGCGCUCUUUUUUACCAACUAGUAUUUCCCUGAGAGAGGAACAGGGUGAUCCAUGACAGCAUGGAGAGAUGAACAGGUGGAGUCCAACAUCACACUCAAAUAAACAAAAUCAGGGCAAUGAAUACAUCAAGUAAAUCAUUUAUUGGCAGCUUGUCAACUUAAAUAACAUUUGGCAAUUUUUUUACAAAUUAUAACAUUGUUCUCUUAAAGGGAUACUUCAACCAUUUGCAUUAAGCGUUGUAUCAUUAGAAACCUAGUAGUAUUUUUGAAUGGUCGUGCAUCCCGCUUACAUUUUCCCCUGAGAUGGGAAAUCUUUGUAUUUUUAAGUCUGAAAAGGAGCUUCCAGUGACGCAAAAAUCGCCAUUUUGCGUCAUCGGAAGCUGUUGCGGUUAGCUGGGUGAACCUACAACGCUAGUUCCUCAUAUUUUCGACCACUGAAGCUACAGACCAAUCACAGAUCAGUGGGUGGGAACUCACUCCCAGAAUCGAAAUUUAACGUCCCCCAUAUUGCUUGGAAGCUAUGCUAACAGGCUCUAUGGAGAAAGCUGAUAAUGGCGAAAAAAUAUAAAUAUAGUGGCGAGACGGCUGCUGCCGACAGGCCGGUCUUGUGUCUUGGCUGCCGCAACCGCUGGCCGCCCUGCUGGCCGCCCCGCUGGCCCCGCCGCUGGCCGCCCCGCUGGCCCCGCCGCUGGCCGCGCCGCUGGCCGCCCCGCUGGCCGCGCCGCUGGCCGCGCCGCUGGCCGCCCCGCUGGCCGCAACCGCUGGCCGCGCCGCUGGCCGCCCUGCUGGCCCCGCCGCUGGCCGCCCCGCUGGCCCCGCCGCUGGCCCCGCCGCUGGCCGCCCCGCUGGCCCCGCCGCUGGCCGCGCAGCAGCCAAGAAACAAAACCGGCCUGUAGGCAGCAACCGUCUCGUUUGGUGUCUUUCAUCCACAUGAGCCAAAAAGACACUUUCUGCCUUUUCUCGGCCAAGAAGGCACCAACUUCAUAAUUUAUUUCACAUUUCUACUACAUAGCCUAUAUGACCCAAUGUCAAAACGGAUUCAUGUUUCAACGAGUGAAGUAUCCCUUUAAGAACUGAUGUUGAAUUUCACCUGUCCACCUGUCAGCAUGUUCGUCUGGGUCCCUCUCUUCCUUUCUCAGGAGUGUAUGUGGUUGUCAUGUUCAUCAACGGCCUCCUCCAUUGUGCUCUCUCCAUCCGUAAUGAAACCAGGCGCAGAAACUACGCUCUAGUGGCGUCUGUAUGAAGUCAGGCAGGAGAGAGAGGAGUGGGCGGUUCAGGAACAUGAUAAACACUUAAACACUGAAAGAUAUUUCAGUGAACAGAAAUAUAGACUAUUGAGAAAAAAAAAGCAACACAAGUUAUAAUAAGAAAGAAGAACCGAAGAAACUUUUACAGUCAAUCCAAAUCUUUGAAUUAGGUUUUAGGAGUGAGGGAAAGGCAAACCUAACAAAGCUUGUAACAGUAUUGUGAUUUGAUCAUUGUCCUUUAGCACAUAUAACAAGAGUAAAUUCAUUCAUUCUCACAAACCUGCACAUUAUGAACGUUAAGUUCUGCACAUUCCUGUUUAUUUUUUUUUCUUUUUGCAUUUUUCAAAUAUAUUCGGUAAAUUGCCAAAGGCACACAUUUCCAAAAAAAGAAGCUUGCUCUAAAAAAAAAAAAAAAAAUACGAGGCUCAAUUGUUUGGAAAAGGUCAAAGGAAAAAAGAGAGAGGAACAAUAAAAGAAUGAUGGAAUACACUCUGUGCUUAAUGACGGUUUCAGAGGGAAGACGAGAGUCACCCUGAAUACCUGAUGCCUGCACAGAGACCAUGUAUUGUGUGAAUGAUGUCAAACAUGGAAACUGAGUGUUGAAUAAAGAAAGAUGGUUGAGUUACA